AUGAGCUCGGCACCGUCCAAUCUGGGCAAGUCCCUCUCGGCACCCGUCUCCGCAUCUCACUCGCCAGCGCCGCCGGCUUCCCAAGCCACCUCGAGCUUCGAAUCCGUCCGCCGCCCUUCCUCUCAGGCCGGCUCCUCCCCGUCCUACUCGGCGCCGAGAAAAGGCCAGGCCUCGCGGAAGCAGCACCGCAACCAGAAGAAGCCCGGCCACCGACAGGUGGACGAGGACGAUGCAAUGGCCGAGAUCAGGGCCCUCCGAAACGCGUCCAGCCGCCGCGGCCAGACCUCCAUCACCCACCUCAUGAACUACUCCCUGCCGCCCCGUCCCUAUCAAGACCACCAUCAUUACGGCGGCGGCGGCGGUCGUGGUGGCGGCGGCGGUCACAACCGGUCAUACCGGCGAAACCCGGCCUGGGGACAGGGCUCGGGCCACCACGCCAUGGACAAGGCCCGCUACGUCCACGCCAACUACCGAUUCGUCGUCUCGCCCGCGGGCGACUACUCGACGCACGCCCUCGACGCCGACGAACACCUCGACUGGGCUGACGUCUUGCAGAUCCUCGCCUCGGCCGAGUCGCAGGCCGGCUCCUGCCCCAUCUGCCUCUCGGAGCCCGUCGCCCCGCGCAUGGCCAAGUGCGGCCACAUCUUCUGCCUGCCGUGCCUCAUCCGGUUCAUGAACUCGACCGCCGACGACGACGAGGCCAAGGGGCCCGCCGAGCGCAGGGCGCCGCGCUGGAAGAAGUGCCCCAUCUGCGAGGACAGCAUCUACAUCUCCGAGGUCCGGCCGGUGCGCUUCUACGCCGGCCAGGAGAGCCCCCUGCCCCGGCCCGGCGACGACGUGGUGCUGAGGCUGAUGCUGCGCAACGCGAAGUCGACGCUGGCGCUGCCCAGGGAAGGCGGCGCCGACGUGCUGACCUCUGCGAGCCGGAUCCCGUGGCACUUUGCCGCGAACGUGCUCGACUACGCCAGGAUCAUGCGCGGCACGGGCACCUACAUGGCGGAGCAGUACGACAGGGAGAUCGAGGACCUGAUCAGGCAGGAGAAGGAGGACGAACUGAUGUUUCACGAGGACGGCGAGUGGACGCAGAAGGCGAUCAGGUCGAUCAAGGCAGCGAUAGAGAAGGUCGAGAGCCUGGGGGGUAUCGAGCUGGCUCUGGCCGAUGACACGGCCAAGACUGCCGUCAGGAGUACCUCCAAGGACGUGGCGGACCACGCCGAGCAGGACUUUUACUUCUACACGUCUCCGCCGCAUCUGUACCUGUCCCCCUUGGACAUCCGCAUCCUCAAGACAAAGUACGGCUCCUUCUCGUCCUUCCCCUCGACCCUGCUGCCCCGCGUCGAGCACAUCUCGACGGGCCACGUCGUCGACGACGCCAUGCGCAGGCGCGCCAAGUACCUGGGCCACCUGCCGCGGGGCUGCCUCAUCUCCUUCCUCGAGUGCGACUGGACCGACAUCGUCCCCGCCGACAUCCUCGCCGCGUUCGCCGACGAGAUCGAGCGCCGGCGCAAGCGCAACCGCGACAAGGCCGUCCAGGAGGAGCGGGAGCGGCAGCAGGCCGAGCGCAUCGAGGCGGCGGCCCUGCGCGAGGCGCGCCGCAACUUUGGCGCGCUCGACGACGGCGCCGUGCUGCGGUACAGCGACGAGGCCAUGUCGAUGUCGUCUGCUGCUGCUGCGCCGCAGUCGGAUGCCGCCGUCGUGGUGGACCUGAACGACUUCCAGCCGCUCGGGUCCGCGGCGGCGCCGGGGUCGACGCCGCCGAAUCACCCGCGGCACGGGUUCGCGCACCUGGCCGACAUGUCGUCGACGAGUCCUCCGUCGGCAAACAACAAGACGGUGUGGGGCACGCCGGCGGUGCCGGUGUCGCCGAGCAUGGUCGCGCAGCGGCAGGUGCCGAGGGGCGAUGUCGACGACGGGUGGCUCAAGGAUGACCAGUUCCUGGAUACGCUGGGCGGCGAUGCGGAUCUGGCGCUGCAGAUGGAGGCUCUGGGGGUCGUCGAGGCGGGCGACGAGGCGGGGGCGCAGAAGCAGCAGGGUGCUUCUGGCGGAGUUGCGGCGGCGGCGGUGGCGGGGGCUGGAGGCGGAGCGGCAGGAGGGUUGGGAGCAGGAGGAGGUGUAGGAGGAGGUGGUGCUGGUGCUGGUGCUGGAGGGAAGAAGAAGAAGAAGCAGAAGAUUACGCUUAUGAGUACGGGUGGUAGACGGGGGCUGUAG